AUGUUCUCUAUUGGCUUUAUCUUUCUACUCGUUCUCAAGAUGAGUUCAAAUACUGGCGUAUUUCGCUACGAUCCUGCAGCUUCUGGAACACCCAUGUACUACUUCUACCUGGAAGACAAAGUUAGCUGUCUAAGAGCUUGCUAUGAAGAAAACGAAUGCGCAGUUGUGGAAUACCGGGAGAACGAAGAGGGUUACUGUAGACUGUACAGAGAGGGCGAUACUCAUUCCGUAAAAGGAGGGUACACCCUCUCCCGUGGAGAAACCAAUUCGUCGUGCAAAUUGAUUGAAACACUGGACUUUGACGUUUCGUUUCAAGAAAUUACGGGUCAAGAAAACUCUUCAGAAGCGGAGUGCAGCGUCAUGCCAGACGUCGCUGUUUUACAACCGUAUGACAAAGUCAAAUAUCGCUUCUUCGUUCCUGAUUCCACCAAAGUUGCCGAAAACUGGGUUGCAUCGGAAUUCAGGCUUCUCUUCUCUAAGAAGGCAGAGGUAUCCUGCACGUCCGUUCCUGUUUUUCACAAAGCGAACCAUCGUCGCCUAUACUUUGGUGAGAUAUACAAUACUACUGGUUACACCUUCUACAACGCGUAUGCCUUUACCAACCUCUGCGUUUCUCCGACCGGCGAAUGUCUGGGUGUGCAGGAAAUAAAAGAAUAUGUCGACGAGCAGGGCAACUUCUUCUACGAUGCGCCUGGAAGAAUGGACAUGGCAGACUCAGGUCUAGGUCAAAUCUUCUUUAUCUCAGGCAAAAGCUAUUGA